UCACAGUAUUAUUUCUUUUGUUGCUUCAUUUGCUAGGAACUAGUGUUUUGUUCUUUGGUUGCUUGCUUCAUGGAGUAUACUUAAUGCUUCUUCUUGUCUUCUGAUAUUUCUUGGAACUUGUUUUAGCUAAAGAGGGUGCCUAGUGCAUGACAAUGGCUAAGCUUAACUGUUGAAUUUUGUCGUAGGGCCACUGUGGAAGGUGGUCUGGAGGUUCUCGAACUAUAAAAAUUCUCCAUUUUGUCUACCUUUAUAUCUUGUGAAUGGAGAAUUAUGUAAUUUAUAGUCAAAAUUUGGUGUUCAUGCAUCAUAUAUUGGCACACUUCUCAUCGGCAAUGGGAGGCUUUGCAUCUGUAGUGAAUUUGCUUGGGAGCUGUUCACCUGUUUAGACAUGCCCUUGUGAUAUAUGUCUCUGUAUUUGUAAUUCUCUGCUUGGUUAUCAAAACCAUCAGCUGUUCCUACCAUUAUCCCAUCUGAUGUUCUUAGUUUUCUGAGCAAGUGCACUUCCUCCGGCCCACUAUUUUUGAAUCUUCUAUCAUAGGUCCCAGGUUACAAUAGCUUGUGCAAUGAUGAUGUGCCACCGAUUUUACAUGCGCCAAUCUCAUGCAAAAAAUGACUGGCAGACGAUAGCAACUGCCAGUCUGUUCCUCGCUUGCAAAGCUGAAGAUGAGCCAUGUCAACUGUCCAGCGUUGUUGUUGCAUCUUAUGAAAUCAUUUAUGAGUGGGAUCCCUCUGCCUCAAUUAGAAUCCAUCAAACUGAAUGUUACCAUGAAUUUAAAGAAAUUGUUUUGGCGGGGGAGAGGCUUGUGCUGGACACAAGUGCUUUCCAUCUAGACAUUGAACUUCCCUACAAACCUCUGGCUGCUGCUUUGAAUAGGCUGAACGCUUGGCCUGACCUUGCAACAGCAGCAUGGAAUUUUGUGCAUGACUGGCUUCGAACCACCCUAUGCUUGCAGUACCGACCCCAUGUUAUUGCAACUGCCACUGUGCACCUAGCUGCCACAUUCCAGAACGCGAAAGUAGGCAGUAGGAGAGAUUGGUGGUUGGAGUUUGGAGUUACAACUAAGCUAUUAAAAGAGGUGAUCCAGGAGAUGUGCAUACUGAUGGAAGUGGACAGAAGGAGGACUAUGCCACCUCCACCUCCACCUCCAAGAAGAGAGUUAACUUGGGCAAUACCUGCACCAAUAAAGCCAGUCCAUAUGGCUAGAGCUUAUCCAUUUCACAGCUACCCUUUGCAGUCCUAUAGACAGGCUGGCAUCUGGUGAGCCAUUGUUGAACAGCAUGAAGAUGUAAUCUCCCUUGGAGUUGAGUUGGAUUGACAAAAGAAGACUCAUGAGAGAGAGGCAGUGUAGCAUUAUAUAGCGAUCAGAGUGAGGUGCUUUUGUCUAAGUUAAGCCUCUCAGGUAUGACCAAAGUGAAUUCUCUCAAGAUUAAUCAUCUUUGUUCUCGUACAGAGAGAUUAUGUAUAGAAGUGUCCAUUCACAUGUUAUAAUACUAGAAGACUUCAUACCGUUGUAUAUCUCGAAUCUAUGUUUUGGGUUUCGUUCAAAAGUUCAAAAUUGUUUUUGACUUCU